UUUUGUUUUUCUAAAAGUAAAUAGAUUGUCAAAAAUUCAAAUUGUCAACAAUUAAAUUAAAUUUCUUUUCUUUUCUUUUUCAUACUCUUUGAUUAUUUUCUUUUUUUAUAUUAAUUAAUUAUCGUUCAAUUAAUCUUUAAAAGAUGAAUGGACUUGAAGAAGUUGGUAUUCCUGGAAGAGAAUAUCUCCGUGAGGCAUUAACUAAUUGUAAUGAUCCUUUACAAGCUAUUCAAGAAUUCCAAGUGGAAAAUGGUAUUCUAUUACCUUCACUGCGAACGAUUUUACCUUUGUUGGAUUUACAUGAAGUUAGACGAUUCGAUUUUCACCAAUCAGUUUUAGAGGAAUUAAAGGAUAAAUUACUUAAGCAAAUUGAUAAAAUGGCUAAAUCAGAGUCUAAUGAUAAAGAGAAAAAGAUCAAAGAUUUGUUGGAGAAAAGUUUCCCGGUCAUAAGAAUUCAAUCAUUACAACCUAUUGUUAUGUCUUUGCUAAAAAAUUUAGAACGUAUCGAUGACAAAUAUUUGAAACAAAUUGUCGCAGAAAAAGAUUUAUAUGAAAAAUGUGACAUAUCGGUGAAGAGACAAAUUUGGCAGCAACAUCAAGGAUUAUUUGGUGAUGAAGUUUCCCCUUUGUUUAGUAAAUAUAUUAAAGAAAAGGAUACAAUGCUUUUCUCCCUACAAUCGGGUUCGUUUUUCGCCUUAACACCCAAACAACGGCGACAAAGUGAAAUAAUUCAAAAUUUGGUCAAGAUAAUUGGUCGAAACGUUUUACUCUAUGAUACAUGUUUACAAUUUUUACGAACACUUUUUCUGCGAACCAAAAAUAGUCACUAUUGUACAUUAAGAGUUGAUCUAUUGAUGGCCUUACACGAUGCCGAUGUUCAAGAUAUAACCUCAAUGGAUCCUUGUCAUAAAUUUGCUUGGUGUUUAGAUGCUUGUAUUCGGGAGCAAAAUGUUGACCAGAAAAGGUCACGAGAGUUACAAGGAUUUCUUGAAGGUGUUAAACGAGGUCAAGAACAAGUUAUCGGCGAUUUAUCAAUGACCCUGUGUGAUCCAUAUGCUGUUAACUUUUUGGCAAACAAAGCAAUCAAAAUCGCAAACAAUUUAAUCAACAAUGAAAGUCUUGCCCGUGAAAAUACAGUUUUAACGUUAAUCUUGCGAAUGUUAAAUUUAGGUUUACAUUCAUGGGAUAUACUCAAUUCUCAGGUUUACCGAGAACCCAAAUUAGAUGUUGAUCUGGUUACUCGAUUUUUACCUGUUCUAAUGUCGUUAAUUGUUGAUGAUCAGGUUCGAGCUGUUAACUCAAAAUUACCACCCGAUGAUAGAGAAUCAGCUUUAACCAUUAUUGAACAUUCUGGUCCUCCACCUGAUCUUUAUCAGAAAUUUAUCACUGACGAUAGACUGGCAACCGAAUUAGCAAUUUAUUAUACUUUACAAGUUUUACGACAAAAAGAUCGAACCGCAGUUGUAAGAGUAUUAGGAUGUUUAUCUAAUUGUCACGAUAAUCGUAUAUCAGAUGAUCGUAUCCUUCACAGUUUAGUUUCAUUUUUAAUUCCAAUGGCUGAUGAAUUUUCAUUAGAAGAUUUUUGUACCGUUGUUUUCGAUGAGAUUUUCCUUUCCAAUCUUGACCAACUUAAUGUUCCCUAUCAUCUGAUCAAACUAAUGCACCAUGUAUAUAAUCACCUUCCCGUCCAUCGUCUUGAUUUAUUGAUAAAAACACUAACUGCUUGUCCAAUCGAGAAUGAUAAAGCCAAGGAGAUGCUAAUCGAAUUGGAAAAGAAAGUAGAACAAUUCAAAGCCGAAGUCGACGCGAAAGGAGAGGAACCACCACAAGAAGACAUCGCACUUCCAUUACCCGUUUAAGAGGAAAGAGAAAGAAAAAUUUCUCAAAUUCAAUUCAUUCAUCUUCCAUAGUUUCCAUACCUGUAAAUCCAUUGAAUUUGACCAAAUUCACCCAAUUUAUAAAUUCGUAAUCAUUACAGUUUUUCACCUUUAAUGAAGCUCAAAUUUUCUUGA